UGGAACAAGUUCCUGUGGAGCCCUAUUACAUUCCACUGUCUCAAGCUGAGGUGCUGCAGACGGGCAAUGAUGUGACGCUGGUUGCCUGGGGGACUCAGGUGCAUGUGAUCAAAGAGGUUGCAGCAAUGGCUCAAGAAAACCUUGGUGUGUCUUGUGAAGUUAUUGAUCUGAGGACCAUCUUACCCUGGGAUGCAGAGACGGUUUGCAAGUCAGUGGUGAAGACAGGGCGAUUGCUGAUUAGCCAUGAGGCGCCUUUGACGGGAGGUUUUGCAUCUGAAAUCAGUUCCACAGUUCAGGAGGAGUGCUUUUUGAAUUUAGAGGCUCCUAUUUCAAGAGUGUGUGGCUACGACACUCCCUUCCCUCACAUCUUUGAGCCUUUCUACAUCCCAGACAAAUGGAAAUGCUAUGAUGCACUUCGAAAAAUGAUUAACUACUGAGAAGUAAUACAGAGAUGAGAAGAACAGGGAAAUACAGAAGCCUUCUUCAAAAUUCUUGGUUUAUUCAGAGCUUUUGGUUUGGGAAUUUGUAAAGCACUCAGAAGUUUUCACUGAAGUCAACUA